CGCCGCGCUGUUCGGUUAAUAUUAUACUCUCAUUUUUGAAACGCACUCCGCAUCCACUCCGGAAGCCGGGGGAUCCGCUAAGGAAAUUGUCCUGCUCUUACCAUUAACACAUUGUCCCACAUCGACUACAGGCGAUUAGGAUACGCUUGUAACAAGUGUGCUUGCCGCUGCUAACCGCAUUUUUAGCACAAUUGUUGCGUAUACAGAUACGACGCAGAGUUGCAUCGGCCGUACCAGUGAAAGUGACCGGCUGCGUUGCGCUGCCGGUUGUGCCAGCGGAUUUGUUGUGCCGGUUGUUCUUUUGAUCAUAAUCAUAUUGAUCCUGUCGGCAGUGAUCACGGCUCGAAAAAACAAGCCUCUCUGUCUCUCUCCUCAUAGCGAUGAUGUGCAUGCUGAUUGAAUGUUACAAGAUUGCUUAUAAUCGGCAUUUUGUCUGGAAUGCCGCAGAGUGUCAUGACGGAUGUUGAUCGGUCUGCAUUGUUUUGUGUUAUAGUUACUAGUAUAUGCACAUACGAUGCUUGAACUACUUGGCUAAUUUUUCCCGCUUUUAACUGGCGUGGGAGGCAUGUGUUGGAGGCUUUUUCGACCGUUACCCGAUGAUGCCGAUAUACCGGGAAAGUUUUCUUAUUCCCAUUUUAGCCGGUGCCGUAUACUGGAACACACUGGACGCGGAGUUUGCCUACGACGAUAAUCGAGCAAUCCUCGAUAAUCAGGAUUUAUUGCCCGACACCCCAUUCCAUCAGCUGUGGUUGAACGACUUCUGGGGCACUAAGCUAACAUUAGGGGGCAGUCAUAAAUCCUUCCGUCCCCUGUGCGUGGCCACCUUCCGUCUGAAUUUCCUCCUGCACGGCUACGCUCCCGCUGGCUACCAUGCGCUCAACGUCCUUCUCCACAUGCUGGCCACGUUUCUCUUGCAGCAGCUACUGCAGCAGUUGUCCGGCGCGGGCAACCGCCUGCUGGCGGCGCUAGCCGGCCUGAGCUUUGCCGUCCACCCGGUGCAUACGGAAGCCGUGGCCGGCGUGGUCGGGCGGGCCGAUGUGGGAGCCGGUGUACUGUUCCUGCUCAGUCUGCUGGCGUACAUCCGCUAUUGCCAACUCCGCGAUCAAGUGGUCAGUAGUGGAAAGGCCAUCCCGCCAACAAAUCCUAAUUUACCCGCUGAACAACCACUUGCCAAUCCCGUCAAGGACCACGAAGUGUUCCCAUUACGAUGGCUUCUUUUAAUUGCGACUUGUGCCUGUGCAACAUGUGCCUGUUUAUUCAAAGAAACCGGCAUAACCGUCCUGGGUGUGUGCAUCAUCUACGAUGUGGUGGUCAUCCAAGGAUUCACCGAUUUCCAUGAGCUGGCAUCGUUGACACAUAAAUUAUCCAACAAACGUCUGGAGGGUGUUGUGUGUUUGCUCGGCUGGAUGGGUGUGGUCGUGGGAGCGCGGAUCGCGUGGAUGGGCAACAUUACGCCGGUGUUCGCGGCCAGCGAUAAUCCAGCCGCUGAUUCUCCCAGCUGGCUGACCCGUACACUGACGUUCUUUUAUCUGCCGGUAUUCAAUUUCCAGCUCUUGCUGUACCCCUGGACACUCAGCUAUGACUGGUCCAUGGGAGCGGUAGCGUUAAUUAACACGUUAGCCGAUCGGCGGAAUAUCCUAUCGAUCGCGUUUUAUGCCGGUCUCGUUGUGGGAAUAAAAAACCUCUUGCGGAUAAUUGGCAAAUUAAACGAUGGGGAAAAUCGUCGAGCGCCGGAUAUAUCGUCCCAUAAACGUCUCGUCAUCGCACUGGCUAUCCUCAUACUGGCAUUUUUGCCGGCUAGUAAUUUAUUCUUUUAUGUCGGCUUCGUGAUCGCUGAACGGAUUCUCUACAUCCCCAGCAUGGGCUUUUCCUGGAUGAUGGCGGAAGGGCUAAUUAAGGCCAGUAAUAUCGCUAAAAGCGGUGUACAGCGGCGGUCAAUAGCUGCCGGCAUAUGCCUGCUUCUGUGUUGCCAUUCGUUACGCACAUGGCGCCGCAAUGCCGACUGGGAAACGGAGGAGCAACUGUACAUCGCGGGGGCCGCCAUCAAUCCGGCAAAAUCAUGGAGUAAUUUGGGUAACAUUUGGAAUCAGAGGGGUAAAUUAAAAGAAGCGGAAGUGGCCUAUAUCACCGCACUGAAUUAUCGACCAAACAUGGCGGACACGCAUUAUAACUUGGGUCGAUUACUGCAAGACCAGCGUCGCUACAACGAGUCCAUUGCCAGCUACCGCAAUGCCAUUUACUACCGACACAAUAUGGCAGUGGCCUAUCUUAAUUUGGGAAUAGCCAUGCAAUCAGUGGCGCGCCACGCCGAUGCCAAAGCGGCCUACAGGCAGUGCGCCCAGCUGGAUACGGGUCGGCUCAAAGAUCCCAAGCUGCACGAAAGUGCGAAAAUUACGUGUCUUUUUAAUCUGGGCCGCUUGGCCGCCGAUGAGCAACAAUAUCAGGCAACAGUGGCGCUGUACAAUGAAGCGGUCAACAAGAUGCCGGCAUACUAUGCACCACAGAGCCUUUAUAACAUGCUCGGUGAAGCAUAUUUUCAUUUGAAUGAAUCCGCCUUGGCCGAAUUGUGGUACAAAAGGGCACUCAAAGCUAAGCCGGACCAUGUACCGGCACAUUUGACCUAUGCAAGGUUUUUGUACAAGCAGAAUCGCACAACGGACGCUGACCAGAUAUUCACUACAGUCUUUCAUGCGGCUCCGAACGAUUCAGCCGUAUAUCAUUUCUAUGGACAAUACUUGAUGGACACUGGACGCCAAGGGACGGGCAUCCAGUUUCUGCUCAAAGCAGCGGAAAUGUAUCCCAAUGACUUUCAGAGUCUGACUGUUGCCGCCGGUGCCUUAAGACAAUUUGGUGAUAAUAUUAAAUCGGAGUAUCUCUACCGUCGUGCCGUGGAGAUGGAGCCGUUUCAAGUGUCCGGAUGGAUAAAUCUCGGCGCGAUUUUGCAUUUGAAUGGACAGUGGCGGGAUGCCGAGCAGUCCUAUCGGCGAGCAUUGCAGCUUGAUCCCCAUAAUCAAAUUGCCAUGGAUAAUUUCAACAAGCUGCAGAAGCUCAUGCUGCGCCACAACCAUCAUCAUGAACGCAGAUUUUAAAACGCAGUAAUCCUCUGCCAAUUGCCACUGGUCAUCUGGUUUCCAUAUAAGUAAUCUGCUCUGAAGAAAGCUGUCGCUUCGCCGUUAUGUGAGAUAAGCGAAGAAGAGCAUUUCUUCGUUCAGUGGGAACACAGCUGCUGCUGGAUAACGUGCUCCAGCUGAUCUCUUUCUCAAAUUUGCCUGUGACAAUACA